GAUCUCGAGGACGAAGCGGCAUCUCCGCGUCCUCUCUCUCCUUUCUGAGAAGGCUCGGAGGAGGAUGUUGCUGCGGAGCUCAUCCACGCAAUUCCUGCACCCCUUCUUCCUCUCCUCCUCCUUUCCCUCGCCCACCUCCUCCCUGCAGCUCCGCCGCGCCUUCUCCGACAGCCACAUCCCCUCCCUCUCCACCCCCAGCGACGCAGGCGCCGGCGGCAUCAGCAGCAGACCCACCUCCGGCGGCCUCCGCACGGAGCUCUCCUUCUCCGUCUACAACACCUUCGGCGGCGCACUGCUGGCAUCCCAGGCGGAGCCUCGCCACGGCCACGACCAGCAGCACGAGGAACCGGAGCUGCUGCUGCAGGAUCAGCAGCAGGAGCGCACUGUGCAGCCGGACCACCCGGAGGUGCCGCUGUUCCUGGCGAGGGGCCUCGGGAUCGACCGCAUCGCCUCGGGCUUCUUCACCGCCGGCGCCGCCGGCAAGAGCAUGGCCGCGGGAGGCAAGGGCAACACGAUUGGGGGCGGCGUGGAGGAGCAGGCGCUGUGGGAGCAGGACGAGGAGGCGGCCGCGCUGGACGCGCAGUACAAGCGCAUGGUGGACGAGCAGCCCGGGAACGCGCUGUUCCUGCGCAACUACGCGCAGUUCCUGCACGAGGUGAAAGGAGACGCGAGGAGGGCGGAGGAGUACUACUCGCGCGCCAUGCUCGCGGACCCCGGCGACGGCGAGAUCAUGUCGCAGUACGCCAAGCUGGUCUGGGAGGUGCACCGCGACCAGGAGAGGUGCCUCGGCUACUUCCACAAGUCCGUGCAGGCCGCGCCACAGAACAGCCAUGUCCUCGCCGCGUACGCCAGCUUCCUGUGGGAGCAGGACGACGACGACGACCUCGGGGAAGGCGAGCAAGGCGCGGGUGGGGCUGGAGCGCCGGAUCAGUACGCUGCACGUGCACAGCAGGCAGGGCAAGUGAGGGAACUGGCUUCGGCGGCCGUCUGAUCCCGUCAGGGGCAGCGUGGGCGUGCUACCCAUGUAAUUUAACCCGAAAGAUGUUUGUGCUAAUGGGCGAAUAAAUAAGGUGGCAGUCGGAGCGUUGGAAGCUAGGCAGCAUGUAAGCUCUAUGAUCAUCUGAUGAAGAACAGGUUCCAUGUUGUUCAUUGA